CCAUUUACUACUACUACUUGGCGGGAAAUGAAAAGUACACGUUUGGUUGGUGGUGUUCUUUGGGUAGUGUUGGUAUUUAGUACAAGUUUAUGUUAGUGUUACGUUAUUAUCUUUCCUGGAAAGAACAAUGUUAGUCCUUCAAUAUCGUUACAAAUAUAUCCUGUGCCAGGCUACCGAAUUAUUCAAGUGACCAUUUGGAAAGGACAUCGUAAGAUAAAGUAGGCCUACUAGGUACUACUUCCUAGCUAAUUGUCACGAAGGUGUCUGGAAGGAUGUCUUCGCAAGCAAGGGAGAAAAUUCGCGCUAAAGAUGUGUUUGAAAGCUAUUUCUUGAAGCAUCAUGAAGCUGAUAUUCUGUCCAUAUUGGAAACAGAAGAUGAGUUUGAUCACUAUUCUGUUAUUUUCAACUUCCUUACACUUUUUGAGGACCAUGUGGAAGUUGCUGAAGCCCUCCUUGCAUCACCUGUUAAACUUCUACCUGUUCUUGAUGCAGCUUUGGUUUGUACUGUGAGGAAGGUGUGGGAUGGAAUUCAGAAUCAAGAUACCCUUUCUUUUAAGGGCAAUGUUCAUGCUCGAAUAACAGGACUUCCAACAUGUCCAGAAUUAUACCGGCAUGCCAUUCCAAGAACAUGUGAUGUGGGUCGUUUAUUGUGUGUAUCAGGUACAGUCGUACGUACAACGGCGGCUAAAAUGUUAGAAUACCAAAGAGAGUUUGUUUGUACUAAGUGCAAACACGUGUUCACUGUAAAGGCAGACCAUGAUCAAUUUUAUCAACUCAAUAAACCUUCCCGAUGUCCAAACCCUGAUGAAUGCUAUGCCUAUAAUUUUCAAGUCCUGGGUAGUACUUCCAGCUUAUUGCAUACUAAAGAUUAUCAAGAAAUAAAAAUUCAGGAGCAAGUGCAAAAGUUGGUGAUUGGCACAAUUCCCCGUUCAUUGUGGGUAACAUUAGAAGAUGAUUUAGUAGGUACUUGCAAACCAGGAGAUGAUAUCUUGGUAUGCGGAACAGUUCAUAGACGAUGGAGACCAGUAAACAAAGAAAUUAGACCUGAUAUUGAGAUUGUUUUGAAAGCAAAUAAUGUUACUAUUCGAAACAAGCAGCGUUCAGGAACAAUAGUCACAGAUGAGAUGCGAAAUGAAUUUGCUGGAUUUUGGGAAAAAUAUCAAUAUAAUCCACUUGCAGGAAGAAACGUCAUUUUGGCCUCAUUUUGUCCCCAGGUUUAUGGAUUAUAUCUGGUAAAACUAGCUGUGGCAGUUGCAGUUGCAGGUGGAAUUCAGAAAGUUGAUAACAGUGGUACUAGAGUGCGUGGAGAAUCACACCUCUUAAUCGUAGGAGACCCAGGAACCGGGAAGAGUCAAUUUCUGAAGUAUGUUUGUAAGUUGGUGCCACGUUGUGUGUUGACUACUGGUAUAGGCACCACCAAUGCUGGUCUAACAGUGUCUGCAGUGAGAGAUGAUGGAGAAUGGGCUUUAGAAGCUGGAGCUUUGGUCCUUGCAGAUGGUGGUGUAUGCUGCAUAGAUGAAUUCAGUAAUGUUCGAGAAUCAGAUCGAGCAGCAAUUCAUGAAGCAAUGGAACAACAAACCAUUAGUGUAGCAAAGGCUGGCCUUGUAUGUAAGUUGAAUACUCGAUGCAGCAUUAUAGCAGCAACAAACCCUAAAGGACAGUAUGAUCCAGAGGAGUCAUUAACAAUUAAUGUUGCCUUGGCAUCACCGUUACUGUCUCGUUUUGAUCUCAUUUUGGUUCUUUUAGACACCAAAAAUCAAGAUUGGGAUAGAAUAGUGUCAGAUUACAUCCUAGAAGGGCGUGACGUUUUGUCAAGUGAUGGUGGAAAUGAGGAAGACUGGAGUAUGGAAAAACUUCAGACAUAUUUCUGCCAUAUACGUUCCCUUCAGCCAUCAAUGACCUUAGCAGCUAAUUCUGUUUUAGCCAAAUAUUACCAACUGCAGAGACAGACUGACCAGAGAAGUCAAGCCAGGACAACAAUAAGGUUGCUUGAAAGUCUGGUCCGAUUAAGUCAGGGCCAUGCACGAUUAAUGAUGAGGUCGGAGGUCACUUUGCAAGAUGCUAUUGUUGCAGUUACAAUGAUGGAAGCAUCCAUGAGUGGUACGUCACUCAUCAAUGAUAUCAACCCUCUUCACACAGCAUUUCCGUCAUCUCCAAAGUUGGAAUACAAAAAUCAAGCCACAAUAAUCCUGAAGCGUCUCGGAUUACUUACUCUGUUGUCUGAAGAAGUGAGCAGACUGACUGAAGAAGAACGGUUAUCUUCAAGUGUUUCAACGUCUUCAAAAGAAAUUCCAAAAGGAAAAGGGAAUUCUUCAUCUGAGAAAUUAGAAACUUUUAGCUUUAGGUUCUCACACAGGACUACUUUUAAGUCAUCUGUAAAUGACGCCAAGUUUGUGCCAGGCAUUGAGGAGCUUGAAGAACGAAAAAGCUUAAGCCAAAAAAGUAGUCAGGAUUUGGUUGGACAUGAUGGCAGGCAGGGGGGAAAAGUUUGCACACCCGAACCUGCUUUGGAAAUAUCCUUUUCUACAGUUACAAAUCGAGUUAAUAGAUCAAAAAAAACUUUAGAGCCCCUUAAAUGCAUAAAAAGAAAAAGGAAUUUUCAAAUGAUCACAAAAAGAACAGCCAAAGCAUUUGCGGAAGAAAGGGAAACUAUUGCAAAUAAGAAAUCCAAAGCAUCUAUGCAAGAAAGUGGGGAGCUAGAUACAUGUGCAAACUUUAGUACUGAAGAAUCACAAAGGAAAAAUAAUGAGAGGUGCACAAAUAAGAAUGAUCCCAUAUAUGAACCUGUACUUAUAAAAACAUCAAAGUCUAGAGUAAAAUUUGGCAUGACAGGGGAAGAUGAUGAAAAUGAUAUGCAGGGUAAUGUCAAGUGUCUGUUGACUGACACAGAUGGUUAUAAUCUUCAAGAAAAACAGCAGAAAUUCAAUUCUCAAAGGAAAAGAACUUUAGAGGGCUAUGAUAACUUUCCAAAGCAAAUAUCACAUGCAGACACUGAGUCUCAAAUCAGUGACACGGUUAAUAAAAUGUCAGAAAAAACCGCUUUCGACGAUAGCUUGAAAUGUAUCAGCUUCCCCCCAAAAAAGCAAAAAAUAGAGACAAAAUGUCAUGGAAGUCUGACCAAUAAUGUAAUUUAUGAAAGAAAUAGAAGCAAUAAUAUGAUUUUUACUGAAGGAGAUGAAACUAAAAUUGGAAUUGUCACUGAAACCAUUAACAUGAAACUAACAAAAAAUCAAAUUAAUAAUAUCUCUAAGGGAGGAAUAAGUUCAGCACUGGAUGAAGUAAAUGCUGAUAGUACUAAAGGAGUAAGUACUGAUAGUACUGAAAGUUAUCCAGAAGCUGUGGCUGUGAAGAAUGGUCCUCCUUGUAAUUUACUACAUAGAUUUGCUUUUCAAGCCAAGAGUGAAAACCCCAAUAAAAUUAAUCAACUUGCUGGAAAAGGAAAUGAUAAUAUUAAUAACAAUAUAGCGACUAAUAGUCGACACUCGAACAUCAUGUGUCAGCAAAAGGCUAAAAUAAAUGAAUCAGAGAAGAAAAAUGUAGUUUAUCAUAAGAUGAAUUUAUUAGAUAAAGAAGGUAAAUAUGAAAAAAAUGAAACAGAAAGUUCUGUAUACCAUGAAAACAAGGGUAUCUUUAUUCAAGACAACGAGCAUCCUAAAUCAACAAGGUUUAGAGAGGUACCUAGUGAUGGGAAAGAUAGACAAAAUGUUGUGAUGAGUUUUACAUAUCCUGAUGCACCAACUAUUAAUCCAAAUAAACAGGAAAACAGCUAUAGCAAAUAUAAUUUUAGAAACAGCACACCCAAUUCCUUGGUAUUACAAAAGGAUGAAAAAGUCUUUAUAGGAAAGACAUCUGUUACUAAGUGCAUCAAGGAUAACACUAGUAAGGAUCUUACUGACAUAACUUGUAAGGAAAAUACAAGUAGACCCAAGCUCAGUAAACAGGUGUCAGAUUUCAAGCGAUUUUCACCUUGCUCCAGUCAAGAGUCUUCUUUCAAGUGUCAUCCCUCUCCACAUUUCAUUGGAGGACAAGUUUCGUGUGAAGACCUCGAGGAUGUUGAUUUUGAUUUGAAAUUGUGAGGCUAAUAAUAGGUUGCAGAUUUUGACUACAGGCAUUGUUUUCAUACAUAAUGUAAAUUUGGCUUUAACAAUUUUAUUUUUACUAUCCAAAUUUUAAUAUAUUUACUGUAUAUUUGCUUUCCACAUAAGUGGUGUGUGUAUUAUGGUGAUCAGGUUUGGUUGUAGCUUAAAGUAUAUUUGAUUUUUGUGUCCAGCCAAAAUUGCAUUUUUAAGUCAUUAUCUUUCGUUUUUAUCGAAUGAAUUAUAGAUGGUAGAAGAAAUUCACUCUCCAUUUUUACCUAGUUCACCUUAAUGCUCAAUAAUCCUGGUAAUUUAGAAUUCAGUUCUGCAAGCAAUGUUCUGCCAUAGAGGUGAGUAUUAAAGCAUUACAGAGACCUUAUUGCAGGCUGACUUUUUUUUUAAAUGUAAGAAUUUGGGGAUUAUGAUUCAAAGUCACUUUACAGUAUUUGCCAUUGCAUUAGAUGCAAUGGCGCAUUAGACAUAAUCUUUUAUACAAGUCUAUUUUUAAGGAAAAACUAUUUUGAUGAAAAAGAACUUUGGUUGUAAACCCUUAAAAAUAGUACACAACUGCCCAGGUCCUACGUUCUUUCGCAUUGCGUAGGCUAUGACAUCUAGCUUCAGUUUGAUGUUGUCAAAAAGCCAAAGCCUUUGCUUCUUCUGAGCCAUGGGUUAUUUUGUGGUUAAAAUGACCAGAGAAUUCAUCGACAACUUUGGUUUGUUGUUGUUUACAUCUCUGUACUCCAUACGCUUCGAUAGUUGAAGGAAUCGUCACUAAGGUGUAGUCCCAUUGCUACCAUGUUUUGUUUCUCAUUUGACUGUUUCUAAAUGAUUUUACUAACCACUAAAUGAAAAAAAUCAAUUAACCCUUUAUCUCUUACGUGCAAUAAACAGCUUUGGGGAUCCCAACGGCAGCUCAAUGUGUGCUCGGCAAACAUUUUAUUUUAGUACCCCAAUGUCAACAAAAUGUAGAAACAACCGCUCUUAGACAUUACAUGAAAGCAUGUUCAUGUUAUUUCUUGUGUGUAUAUAUAUCU